AUGUCAAAGCAAACCUACCUUCCUCCCUCACUCACCCUCUUCCCCCUCCCAUCCCCGCACGUCCUCUACCCAUUUCUCCAGGUCACUGUCACUCUCCCCACCGAUGUUGUAGGUCACAUCCUCGCCACCCUCUCGGAGCAGGCCGACGUCAACAAGCUCGACUCGCGCGACCGCUUCGUCGCAGCCAUCCCGGUCGGUGAGGGCGACCGUCGUGUUGGGCGCUGGGCAUGCGCAGCCCGCAUCAGACGCAUCUACCGCGCCAAUGCCAAGGAUGAAGCCGAGGGCUGGACAUGUGUCCUCGAAGGCCUCGCCCGGAUCCACUUGCCCCGAGCGCUGCCUCCUCUCGUCUCGAUCUUGCCGCCGCUACCGCUCACCGUGACGCCCUACGCUCUGCCGGUUCCGUUGUCGGCACCGUCAGUCGACCUCAUGCCGGCCGCCAUCAAGCUCCUCCCACAGGAGCUGCACGGCAAGCUCGCAACCCUCCCUGUCGGCGUUCAGGCGGACCUACUGGCCUCGACCCUCCGCUUCCCAUGGGAUGUACGGGUCGAGCUGCUCGCCACGCCGAACAUUGAUGACCGAACGCACCGUGUUCGCGAAUGCCUUCUCGACCUGUUGUCCAGCAAGGGCAUUGCGCCGCCCGAAGAGACGUCAUCGCCCUCACCAAAGCAGCUGCAACGCCGCCCUGCACAGCACAUUGCGCCUCCCAAGAGUCAGCUGCCUGAAGACCUACGGCCCCUCGAGGCGCUGGCCUUGAAGCGCAAGGACGAGUUGAGCGCGGGCGCGAGCGAGGCGCUCACCCGCGAGCUCACCCGCCUGGCCAAGAUACCCGCCCAGGCCGCAGAGUACGGCGUCGGCAAGACAUACUGUGAGUGGUUGCUUGCGCUGCCGUGGUACCGCGUGACCGAGGGCAGGCGCCUCGACCUUGACUCGGCGCGCAAGAUGCUUGAUGAGGAUCACGAAGGCCUCCAAGAAGUCAAGCGGCGCGUGAUCGAGUACCUCGCUGUGUACCGCCUCAAGCGUGAUCUUUGGGAGGAGAAGCAGGCGCGCGACCAAAAGGAGCGUGACGAGGAAACCUCGGGCCAGCUUGCGUCUGGUGCGCAGACGCCCUCCACCUCCAAGGAAAUUGUGCCGUAUGACCCAGAGAAGGCCGCCCAGGCUGUCAAAGCAAAGACCAAGCCACCUGUCGUGCCAGCCGCAACCGUCGAGCCCAAGUUCAUGGUCGACGACACGCCGCCCGACAACAUCUUCCGUGACAAGGCGCCGAUUCUGCUCCUCGUCGGCCCACCUGGCGUGGGAAAGACCAGCAUUGCCCGCUCUAUCGCCGAGUCUCUCGGACGCAAGUUCCACCGCAUCUCACUUGGUGGCGUGCGCGAUGAGGCUGAGAUCCGCGGUCACCGCCGGACUUAUGUCGGCGCCCUCCCCGGCCUCUUCGUGCAAGGUCUGCGCAAGGUCGGCGUCUCGAACCCGGUCAUCCUGCUCGACGAGCUCGACAAGGUUGGCCAGUCCAACUACCACGGCGACCCAUCGGCUGCGCUCCUUGAGACGCUCGAUCCCGCGCAGAACUGGACGUUCCAUGACCACUACCUGGGCGACGUUCCUAUCGACCUCAGCCAGGUGACGUUCAUUGCCACUGCAAACUCGCUCGACACGAUCUCACCGCCGCUCCUCGACCGCUGCGAGGUCAUCGAGUGCCCUGGGUACGUGACGGACGAGAAGCUGGCUAUUGCGCGCCGCUUCCUCCUCCCUAAGCAGACCAAGGAGAACGGCCUUGAGGAGGUACGUGCUGCCGACGACGUCCUCGAGCGUGUUGUGAGCGACUACACCCGCGAGGCCGGUGUGCGCACGCUCGAGCGCGAGAUUGCCAAGCUCUGCCGCGCCAAGGCCGUGCAGUACUCGAACUCGCGCGAUGGCGGCGACAAGUACAACCCCGAGGUCAAGCUCGAGGACCUCGAGAGCAUCCUCGGCAUGGCAAAGUACGAGGCCGAGGUGCGCGAGGCUUCUGUGCGUCCCGGCGUGGUCACUGGCCUGGCGUACCGCGGUUCCGGGAACGGCGGCAUCCUCAUUGUGGAGAGCACCCUCGUUCCAGGAGGCAAGGGGCGCCUACACCUGACGGGCCAGCUGGGCGACGUGAUUCGGGAGAGUGCCGAACUCGCCCUGGCAUGGGUGCGUGCUCACGCGUCUGCCCUCGGCCUAGAGGACCCGCUCAAGGACGUCGACAUCCAUCUACACCUCCCGUCUGGCGCGGUGAAGAAGGACGGUCCUAGCGCAGGCGUGGCCAUGAUCCUGGCUUUCGUGUCGCUUCUCACAGGCCGCAGCGUUCCCCCGACCAUGGCAUUCACGGGCGAGAUCACUCUCCGUGGAGCGGUCACGGCCGUAGGCGGUAUCCGUGAGAAGGUACUCGGCGCCCAUCGCGCGGGCAUUACCCAGGUUGUGUUGCCUGGCCAGAACGAGAAGGACACGCAUGAGCUUCCCCCCAGCGUGCAGAAGAUGCGUCUGACCUAUGUCCGGACUGUCGAGGGCUUGCUUGAGGAAGUGUGGGGCCAGGAAGUUUGGGCUGGUGGCCAGCGCCCGCCUGCGCAGGCGAGGCUGUAG